CUACCUAACCUUGAGUCUUACAGAAUAGCUGUUAGAAGAGGCAGUAGAACAGCUGUGAUCUCUCCACCCACUCUUUUCAUUCUUCGAUCUUUUUUUUUUCAGUCUUUUCAUCCCCUGUCCUCUCCACAUGCCUGCAGUGCUAUAUCUUCAUACAUGGGACUGAGAGCUUGUGCAGCUCAGAUGGGAGGUGCAACUGCUGUGUGCUACAUGAACGCGCGUGGUCGUGCACGGAGGUGGGUAGUGCCAAGCAAGGGAUGCUGAACGGAGGCCGUGAGGGCCUGUUCGAGCAGGGCAGGCGCUUCCAGCAGGAGGGUGACUCCAGGGCGGCUCUGCAGUGUUUCCUUAGCUGUCUGCUGGGGCUGACCCAUGUGCAGAGCUUUCACUCGCUGCCAAACUGUUUGCAUCAGAUUGCUGAGCUCUUCAUCGAUGAGAAAAAUUAUGAGAAAGCGCUGCAGUUCAUUCAGGCAGAGAAGAUGUUCUAUGAGGUGGCAUUGAUCGAACUCACAGCUCUUCACGGAAGCACAGGCUCUCAGGAGGACAGCACAUUGGGUUCUCCAGGAUGGAUCUCCCAAGAGGAGUUAUCAGAGCAGGCCUCGCAGGCCCAGGAUCUUGAGAGACUGGCCCAACUUUGCAUCAUGAGUAAAAGACCCCAUCUUGCUUUAGAGUACAGCGGCAAGGCCACAAAAAUACACCAACGAGCAUUUGGUAAUGAUCACCCCAUCACAGCCAGGAGCCUGGAGCUACUGGGCACUGUCUAUGCUGAGAUCGGCAAAAAUGAAUAUACAGAUUCAUUGGGUCAGUGUGUGUCAGCUCUGUCAAAAACAUCCUCUGCCGCUGAGUCUUACAACAAUACACUCAACGGUUUCACUCUCAGUGAUAAAGAUACUGAGCUCUGGCACAGAAAAGACCCACAUCUUCCAUCAGACACUUCAAAACCAAAGGUCAUCAACAGUAAGAUCCCCAUCUCCAUCCUAAAGAGGACCAACGAGCCAUUCUCAACUCAGCGGCGGAAAACAGAGAGGCGCGUUCGUUUCAGCGAGCCAGAGAUCACUGUUCAUGACAUUCCGUACUAUGACUGUUUGGGAGGAUAUGACUCAUCUCAGAGCCGACCCCACCUGGCCCUGCUUACAUGUCUGUUCCUGCUGCUUUCAGCAUUGGGUUUAGCUCUCUACUGCACACACCGCCGACGGCCCCAUCGCGCCUGUGAGGAAUUACAGGCGGCUCUCGCUGUCUAUCUGCUGCGGUUCAAACAAAUCCUGUGGGGCUGCUGGAUCUGGCUGACCAUGCAGUGAUUAGAUCAGACUACCAGUAGCAUCAAUGUUCUCCAACCAUGCUCCCAUGAAUACAGAAAGCCAGGCAGUGGCACAGAAAAGACCACAAAGCUGAGACUCAUGGCUUCAUGGAAGAACAUUGGAAUAAUGGGCACUUAAAUUACGACCCUUUAUUUGGUACCUACUGGAACUGAAAAUGCCUUCAAAAUCCAUUUAAUGAAAAACAGCUAACUUUUGCACGCCAUCCACAGAUGGCAUUUUUAUGCCCUUUAUGAUUCAAAUGCCAUAUUCUCAUUUUUACUGUGAUGCAGAUAUAUUUCCAAUUAUAUAUAAGAUAUAUAUACAGAUAUAUCUGUCCUUGUAGCACUUGUGGUUAAACCAUAUUUCUGUUUUUUAAUGACAUCUGUUACCAAUUAUUCAAAGAAUACUCAUAGGAACCAUCAAAAAAAUUUUUACUGCAGUAAAAUUAGAUUCAGAAUGAAGAAAAUCGAAAAUUAGGUUUUAGAUUUUGAUUAUUCUUUAAAUCAGUAUACAAAGUUGAAUGUCUGAUGCACAGCUGCAUGUCGUACAGCUGUGCUUCUCCAUAAAUUACAUAUAUCUCACAUGUUUUCUUUUGGUAUUUACUAGGUCUGCAACUGUCUAUAUAGAAUGGAAAACACUAUUAUUGAUUUCACUAUUAAUCCAAUAUGCUUUGAAUAGUUACCCAUGUAAAUAGAAUGUAUUAAUGAGUAAUCCAUUUUAUUGUGCACAGUGUAUUAGAAUGUACAUAGAAUCACUCAAUACCCAGAAUAACUCAGUUUCAGAUGACUUUAGCAUAAAGUUAAGCACAAAUAUUUCCUUUUUUUUUUUUUUUUUUUUAACUUU